AUGGCCGCAGCUGCUGUUCAAGCACCAUUCCACGCAGGUCCUCCGGGCCAACCAGACAUCGGAUAUGCACCCAAUCACGACAGCUUUGCCGCGAGAACGAAACGACGUCAAGAGCUGGAGACGCUAGAAAAGUCUUUACCUGUAGGAUUCCCACAGAAACUCGAGUCGAAGCUGGUAUGGGAUGGGAAUACCUUGGCUGAGCACUAUGACUGGAACUACGUCUUGACAGACGCUGAUAAGAAGGAAAUUGACGAUGCUCUCGGAUACUUCAUGUCGUUGCGGCAGCCACCUGGAGAUAUCAGCCAAGAGACAUUUCCCUUACCCCAACUUCACAAGACUCUGCGUGAGAUCUCACAUGAGAUCCACAACGGUCACGGCUUCAAGGUCAUCCGUGGCGUCCCAGUAACGAAAUAUACUCGCGAGGAAAACAUCAUCAUCUACGCCGGGAUCUCUUCCCACGUGGCUUCCAUCCGCGGUAGACAAGACAACCAAUUCCGAGGCGAACCUGCAGAUGUCGUUCUUGCACACAUCAAAGAUCUCACCAAGAUCGUGGACCCCCACAAAAUUGGAGCACCGGCCUACACAACUGAGAAGCAGGUCUUCCACACCGACUCGGGCGAUGUCAUUGCCCUUUAUGCACUAGGAGAAGCAGCUGAAGGCGGUCAAAGCUAUCUCUCGAGCAGCUGGCACGUUUAUAACGAGCUGGCUAUGACAAGGCCCGACUUGAUCCGCACCUUGGCUGAGCCUUGGAAUGCCGACGAGUUCGGAAAGGAUGGUAGAUCAUACAGCACCAGGCCCUUGCUGCAUCAUCAGCAAGCAGCAGACGAUAGCCCAGAGCGCUUGAUUAUUCAAUACGCCAGACGCAGCUUCACCGGCUACUGGGGUUUGCCGCGGUCCUCCGACAUACCCCCUAUCACCGAAGCACAGGCUGAGGCCCUUGACGCACUACACUUUCUGGCCGAGAAGUAUGCCGCUCAUUUGGACUUUCAUCAAGGUGACAUCCAGUAUGCCAACAAUCUGAGCAUCUUCCACGCCCGUGGAGGCUUUGUCGAUUCCGAAGAAAAGCAGCGGCAUUUGGUCAGACUGUGGCUUCGGGACCCUGAGCACGCAUGGAAGACGCCGGAUUCCUUGCAGGAGAGGUGGGAUCGUGUGUACUCGGGCGUCACUCCGGAGAAGUCUGUCUUUCCACUCGAGCCUUCGAUUCGCAGUGCCAGUCGAGGAGAGUUCAAAACUUGCACUGACGAGAAUGCUGCAUAA